UCUCUUCUUCUUCUUCUUCUUCUCCAUUCUCGAUCUCGAAUUUCUCUCUCUAUCUCUCUCUCUGUAUCGCCAUGGGAGAUCUUCCUCUCUUUCAGGCGACUCUUCUCUUCUUCUUCCUCUUCCUUGGCCAUGUUUGCUCCUUCUACCUUCCCGGCGUCGCUCCUCAGGAUUUUCAGAAGGGUGAUCCAUUGAGUGUGAAGGUGAAUAAAUUGACUUCGAUUAAGACACAGCUUCCGUAUACACAUUAUUCUCUUCCUUAUUGUCGUCCACCAACGAUAAUCGAUAGUAGGGAGAAUCUAGGGGAAGUACUUCGUGGAGAUCGAAUUGAAAACUCUGUUUAUUCGUUCAAGAUGAGACAACCUCAGAUGUGUAAUAUUGCUUGUCGGGUCACACUUGAUGCCAAAACGGCGAAGGAGUUCCAAAAGAGGAUUGCUGAUGAAUAUCGAGUCAAUAUGAUAUUGGAUAACCUUCCUCUGGUGGUUCCUAUUCAGAGAUUAGAUCAGGAAGCUCGGCCCAUUUAUCAGUUGGGUUAUCAUGUUGGUCUCCGUGGGCAAUAUGCUGGAAGCAAGGGUGAAAAAUUCUUUAUACACAAUCAUUUGACAUUUACGGUUAAAUACCAUCAAGACACACAAACUGACUCAACCAGGAUUGUGGGCUUUGAGGUUAAGCCAUUCAGUGUCAAGCAUGAAUAUGAAGGAAAAUGGAAUGAACAAAACACUCGUCUGACAACUUGUGAUCCAGGCACAAAACGUACAGUUUCUAAUUCGAACUCUCCCCAAGAGGUCGAAGACAAACAGGAAAUUAUAUUUACAUACGAUGUUGACUUCCAGGAGAGCGAUGUGAAGUGGGCAUCAAGAUGGGACAGCUAUCUACUAAUGAGUGACGACCAAAUCCACUGGUUCUCAAUCAUUAACUCAUUAAUGAUUGUAAUUUUCCUCUCGGGAAUGGUAGCCAUGAUAAUGCUCCGAACUCUCUAUCGCGACAUCUCGAAAUACAAUGAACUCGAAACCCAAGAAGAAGCCCAAGAAGAAACCGGAUGGAAACUGGUCCAUGGCGACGUCUUCCGCCCCCCUUCAAACCCCGACCUCUUAUGUGUUUUCGCAGGAACCGGCAUCCAAUUCUUCGGUGUAAUGCUUGUAACCUUAAUAUUCGCAGUACUAGGUUUCCUGUCUCCGUCAAACCGUGGAGGACUCAUGACCGCCAUGCUUCUCCUAUGGGCCUUCAUGGGAUUAUUCGCCGGUUAUUCCUCCUCCCGAUUAUACAAAAUGUUCAAAGGAACCGAUUGGAAACGCAACGCCUUAAGGACCGCGGUCAUGUUUCCUGCCGUCGCGUUCAUCGUUUUCUUCAUACUAAAUGCUCUCAUAUGGGGGGAGAAAUCGUCUGGAGCAGUCCCAUUUGGGACAAUGCUUGCACUGUUCUUCCUAUGGUUCGGGAUUUCAAUCCCUCUUGUAUUUGUCGGGGCCUACGUUGGUUUUCGAAAACCGGCUAUAGAGGAUCCGGUGAAGACGAAUAAAAUCCCGAGGCAGAUUCCAGAACAGACGUGGUAUAUGAAUCCGGUAUUCUCAAUAUUGAUAGGAGGGAUACUUCCGUUUGGAGCUGUGUUUAUCGAGCUUUUCUUUAUAUUGACGUCCAUCUGGCUUAAUCAAUUCUACUACAUAUUCGGGAUUCUGCUGAUCGUGUUUGUUAUCUUGAUCAUAACGUGUGCGGAGAUAUCAGUUGUUCUUUGCUACUUUCAGCUUUGUAGCGAAGAUUAUCAUUGGUGGUGGAAAUCAUAUUUGACUUCGGGUUCGUCGGCAUUGUAUCUUUUCUUGUACGCGACGUUUUAUUUCUUCACGAAGCUGGAGAUUACGAAAUUGGUGUCGGGGAUAUUGUACUUCAGUUAUAUGCUUCUUGUUUCGUAUGCGUUCUUCGUUGCCACGGGGACUAUUGGAUUCUACGCUUGUUUCUGGUUCACGAGGCUGAUUUAUUCAUCGGUGAAGAUUGAUUGAACAAGGUACGUAUACGAUAAACAAAACGUCUAAUAUAGUUUCUUAUUUGAGCUACUUGUAGAGGUUUUUUUUUUUAUUAUGUAAGUUGUUUCUAUUCAUAUUUUGUUUGGACUUAUGAGGUUUUGAUAUGAUUUGAUUCGAUUCAAACUUGAUUGCUUUGGAUUAUAAGAAGGAACUUGGUUAGGGGUUCUUUCUAUAUCUACUACUACAAUAUUAU